GAAGAGAGAGAGAGAGAGAAGCAAUGAAAGCAGAAUAAGAAACCGCAACGACAAGAUGAAGUUUCAUCCACAAAUAUUGGUGUUGUGUUUGUUGUCUUAACCAAGAAACAAACACAUUGAACCAAAAAUGGAACUCUUACAUUUCCACGCUUCCGAUUUCCCCACGCGCCACCAUUAUCUUUCCAAACCAACCACCUUUUCCACCACCACUCACCGCCGCUUACUCUCACUAUUCUUCCCCACCCGACCCACCCGCUCCACCACCCUCCGGUGGUCCAGUACUCCAAGAGCAUGCUCCGUAGAAGUUCCCGGUGGAGGAAAGAUGGUGAUAGAGCUUGUCGGUGCUUUCAAUGAUUUGACUGAGAGGAUGAAGGUGUUGUCCACAAGUUCCUCUGGUCUUCUUUUCAAAUCAUUGAAACUUUCUAUUCCUGUUCUUCAAACUUCUCCUCUCACUCCUGAUGGUCGUUCUCCUCUUUCCAAAGCCUUAUCCAUUGCCAUGCUUCUCGCUGAUCUUCAGAUGGAUGCAGAAGUCAUAUCUGCUGGAAUAUUGAGAGAGGUGUUGGAAGUAGGUGAGUUAAAUCUACAUGAAAUUCGAAGUCAGAUAGGUUCUGCAACUGCUCAUUUGCUACACGAGAGUUUGCGUGUUAAGAACUUUGCAUCUAGAGUAGACAUUCUGGAUGACGAGAAUGCUGCUGCUUUGAGAAAGUUCUGUCUCACUUACUACGACAUUAGAGCUUUGAUUUUGGACUUGGCUUUGAAGCUUGACAUGAUGAGGCAUCUUGGUCACCUUCCAAGGUAUCAGCAGCAGAUCAUUUCUCUGCAAGUUAUGAAAAUAUAUGCUCCUCUUGCUCAUGCUGUGGGAACUAACUACAUAUCACUUGAAUUGGAAGAUCUCUCAUUUCAGUAUUUGUUUCCUUAUUCAUAUCUUUAUGUGGAUACAUGGUUGAGAAGUCAGGAGACAGGUGGUAUAUCUCUUAUCGACGUAUACAAAGAUGAAUUGCUUGAGUCACUAAAAUCUGAUCCCAUACUUGCGGAAUUGGUGGAUGAUAUCUCAGUUAAAGGUCGUUAUAAAAGUCGUUACAGCACAAUGAAGAAGCUCUUGAAGGAUGGUCGGAGACCAGAAGAUGUAAAUGAUGUGCUUGGACUACGAGUGGUGUUGAACCCUAAGUCUAGAGAAAAUGCGUUGGAAGCUGGAGAGAGAGCGUGCUACAGGGCUCAUCAAAUCAUCCAAUCUAUGUGGAAAGAAAUCCCUUCUCGGACUAAAGAUUAUAUUUCCAGGCCAAAAGGGAAUGGAUACAGAAGUUUGCAUAUGGCAGUGGAUGUAAGUGAAAUUGGGAGGACUAGACCCUUGAUGGAAAUACAGAUAAGAACAACCGAAAUGGAUAGGUUAGCUGUUGGUGGAAUGGCAUCUCAUUCGUUAUACAAGGCUGGUCUUACUAAUCCAGAGGAAGCAAAGCGUUUAAAGACCAUCAUGCUGGCUGCAGCUGAACUGGCUGCUUUGCGUCUUAAAGAUUUUCCAAGUGCAAAUCAUAAAGGGAUUGAAUUUGAUCAGAGAGAUAGAGUAUUUCGCCUUCUCGACAAGAAUGGAGAUGGUAAGAUAAGCAUUGAGGAACUUACUGAGGUGAUAGAGGAGCUUGGUGCACCAGGAGAAGAUGCGCAUGACAUGAUGCUGCUUCUUGACUCAAACAGUGAUGGCUCCCUCAGCUCUGAUGAAUUCCAGAUGUUCCAAAAACAGGUCGAGAUGGUUCGUAAUUUAGAGGACAGAGAUGAUGAAUACAAGAAAAUAUUGGAUGAGAAACUUCAUAUGGCAGACGACAGUGGUUUAAUUCAGGUAUAUAAUAAGGAGUUUGGCAACAGGCUUGUGAGCUAGUAAUGCAUCUAAUUGAAAUGAACAACAAACAAAGUUCUCAUUUUACUCCAAUUGUCGUAAAAGAUUUGCAUUCCACGAAUAUCUUAUAGGAUACUCACUUAGAUAAUCUAUUGUGGACCCUCAACCUAUCCUUAAAGGGAGUGAAAAUAGUCAUUUAGCCAGAACCGUUUGUAAAGAGGAAUAUUUUCAAUGUAAAUUAAUUAAUGUCAUAGUGAAAUUCUAUUGAUCAAGUAAUUCUCUCAAA